ACCAUAGUAACGUAAAGGAAACAAACACCGAUUAAAAAACCAAAAAAAACACCAAUGUGGCAAACACUCACAUUUAACGCUUCCCUCUCCCAUGCAUAUUCCCCCCCUCUUUAAAUGCUCUACUCGUGAGGAAUCCACAAACAAACCAAAAACACCUUCCUCAAACAGAGGAAAACUACUAAGCAAUAUCAUCAACUAUGGCCGAGCUCCAAGAACUGGUUUUUCACAACAAUACCGAAGGCGAGAGCAGCAACGCAGCGCCGCAGAAAUCGGAGCUCACCGUCGACGAGAUCAUCGAGCAGCACGUCGGUUCUUUCGGGUUCUCGCAGCUGCUGCACGUGUUUCUCGUGUCGCUCGCGUGGAUGUUCGACUCGCAGAACACGCUGGUGACCAUCUUCAGCGACGCGCAACCGCAAUGGCGGUGCAAGGGCUCGUCCUCUUCGUGCUCGGUGCACCGCUCCAUUUGCGAGCUCGAGAAGGGGUCCUGGGAGUGGGUCGGCGGGAGCAAGAGCUCUACGAUAGCGGAGUGGGGGCUCAUCUGCGACAAGAAGUUCCGGGCCGGAGUUCCCGCGUCCUUGUUCUUCGUCGGAUCACUGUUAGGAUCUGCAGUUCACGGCCGUCUGGCCGACAAAUACCUCGGAAGGAAGAAAACCGUCCUCCUCUCAUGCCUACUAACUGCCAUCACUUCCUUCGUCACCUCCUUCUCGCCGAACGUAUGGGUAUACGCCUUCCUCCGCUUCUCCAACGGCUUCGCCCGGUCCGGUAUCGGCAUUUGCUGCCUCGUGCUCUCCACCGAAACCGUCGGUCGUAAGUGGCGUGGUCAGGUCGGCCAGUACGGCUUCUUCUUCUUCACCAUUGGAUUCCUCUCCCUCCCGCUGAUCGCCUACCCCGCGAGGAGAUCAUGGAGGAACCUGUACAAGGUGAUAUCCAUCCUCCCCCUCGCGUACUCCUUGCUGAUCAUCCCCUUCAUUUCGGAGUCCCCGCGAUGGCUCGCGAUAAAAGGGAGAACGGAUGAAGCUAUGGGUGUCUUAACCAAGCUGGCCAAGCUCAAUGGAAAGGUGAUACCAACCAACAUAGCAAUAUCAAACUCAACAACUAGUACUCGAGUUCAUAGUUCACAAAGAAACUUGUGGUCGGCAAAAUGGGCGCGAAAAAGGAUCGUUACGAUGAUGAUCGCCGGUUUCGGGAUCGGUUUCGUCUACUACGGUGUCCAAUUGAACGUCGAGAACCUGAACUUCAACCUUUACUUCACCGUCGGCGUGAACGCGGUAAUGGAGAUCCCCGCGGUGUUCUUAGGCAGUGUGUUCUUAAGCUUCACGGGCCGUCGGAUCUUGUUCACAUCGUCGGCCUUUCUAGCCGGAGUGUCAUGCAUUCUCUGCAUCCUUUUCUCGAAGAAGGCAAAGUCGAAGGCGAGCUGGCCGCAGCUGAGUGUGGAGGCCGUCGGUUUUAUGGCGGCUUCGAUGGCGUUCGACGUUCUCUACAUAUACUGCGUGGAGCUGUUCGCGACGAAUGUGAGGAACUUUGCGGUGUCGAUGCUCCGCCAGGCGCUGAUGCUGGGGGCGGCGAUCGCGCCUCUGCUGGUGGUUUUAGGAAGACUGAAUCCGAAGCUGUCGUUCCUGAUAUUCGGCGUGCUGGCUGUGAUCAGCGGGAGCAUCACAUUUUGGUUGCCGGAGACGAAGAAUGCCCCUCUGUAUGAUACACUGGAGCAGCAGGAACAGCAGGAGAAAGAAGAGAAGCUGAGCUCCGCUCCUGAGAGAGAGAUGGAAUUAGUUGGAGUAGCAACAUAAACUCCUACGGGGAAAAAGAAAAUUUGAAGAAUUGUGCAGUGAGUGAAAGAAGGAACUGCAGUGUAAAAAUGAUAUAACCUUUAAGAGUUGAUUAGUUUCUCACUUAGUUAAAACAAUGUUGUCAGUGUAAGAUGUGUGUGAGACUCUGUAAAAAGCUGAUCUUAGCAGCAAGAUUAGUAGAUCUGCAGAUUCUGAAGGCAAAAUGGGUGAAGAAAAGAUGGAAAAAUGCAAAGAUUGAGUAGGUUUUUUUUAAAAAAUAAAAAUAAAAAUAAAAAAAAAGAAAGAAAGAAAGAAU